GACCCCGCUGCUGCCCCCCUCAGCCACUGCCUCCGUCAAGAUGGAGCCGGAGAACAAGUACCUGCCCGAACUCAUGGCUGAGAAGGACUCGCUCGACCCGUCCUUCACGCACGCCAUGCAGCUGCUGACGGCAGAAAUUGAGAAGAUUCAGAAAGGGCUUUCAAAAAAGGACGAUGAGGAGAAUUACUUGGAUUUAUUUUCUCAUAAGAACAUGAAGCUGAAGGAGCGGGUACUGAUACCUGUCAAGCAGUAUCCCAAGUUCAAUUUUGUGGGGAAGAUCCUUGGACCACAAGGGAACACUAUCAAAAGACUGCAAGAAGAGACUGGUGCAAAGAUCUCUGUGUUGGGCAAGGGCUCGAUGAGAGACAAAGCCAAGGAGGAAGAGCUGCGCAAAGGUGGAGACCCCAAAUAUGCCCAUUUGAAUAUGGAUCUGCAUGUCUUCAUUGAAGUCUUUGGACCUCCGUGUGAGGCUUAUGCUCUUAUGGCACAUGCUAUGGAGGAAGUCAAGAAGUUUCUAGUACCGGAUAUGAUGGAUGAUAUCUGUCAGGAGCAGUUUCUAGAGCUGUCCUAUUUGAAUGGAGUACCAGAGCCCUCUCGAGGACGUGGGGUGCCAGUGAGAGGCAGGGGUGCUGCCCCUCCUCCUCCACCUGUCCCCAGGGGCCGUGGUGUUGUACCACCUCGUGGGGCUUUGGUGCGUGGUACGCCAGUGAGAGGAGCCAUCACCAGAGGUGCCACCGUGACUCGAGGAGUGCCACCCCCACCUACUGUGAGGGGUGCUCCAACACCAAGGGCACGGACAGCAGGCAUCCAGAGAAUACCUUUGCCUCCACCCCCUGCACCAGAAACAUAUGAAGAUUAUGGAUAUGAUGAUACAUAUGCAGAGCAGAGUUAUGAAGGCUACGAAGGCUAUUACAGCCAGAGCCAAGGGGACUCAGAAUAUUAUGACUAUGGACAUGGGGAGGUUCAAGAUUCUUAUGAAGCAUAUGGCCAAGACGACUGGAAUGGGACCAGGCCGUCGCUGAAGGCCCCUCCAGCUAGGCCGGUGAAGGGAGCAUACAGAGAGCACCCAUAUGGACGUUAUUAAAAACAAACAUGAGGGGAAAAUAUCAGUUAUGAGCAAAGUUGUUACUGAUUUCUUGUAUCUCCCAGGAUUCCUGUUGCUUUACCCACAACAGACAAGUAAUUGUCUAAGUGUUUUUCUUCGUGGUCCCCUUCUUCUCCCCACCUUACUCCAUUCUUAACUCUGCAUUCUGGCUUCUGUAUGUAGUAUUUUAAAAUGAGUUAAAAUAGAUUUAGGAAUAUCGAAUUAAUUUUUUUAAGUGUGUAGAUGCUUUUUUUUCUUUGUUGUUUAAAUAUAAACAGAAAUGUACCUUUUAUAAUAAAAAAAAGAAGUUGAGUAAAAAAAAACACCACAAACCUGUUAGUUUCAAAAGUGACAUUGCUUGCUUAAAGGUUCUGAAGUUAAGGCUUGUUAACUUUAUCUUAGUUUUGAUUUGAGGCAUCCCGUAUAGCUGUAGUUGCAGAAUCCCAAACUAGGCUACAUUUCAAAAUUCAGGGCUGUUUAAGAUUUAAAAUCACAAACGUUAACGGCAAUAGGUGCCACCAUGUAAAAGUGAGCUCAGACGUCACUAAAAAUGUUUCCUUUAAAAGCACAUGGCGGUUGAAUCUUAAGGUUAAAUUUUAAUAUGAAAGAUCCUCAUGAAUUAAAUAGUUGAUGCAAUUUUAACAUUAAUUGACUUAAAAAACAACAACAAGAUUAGGUUUGUAAAAAUGACUUUUUCAUUAUGUGGGUUUUGAAAUCUAGCCCCAGACAUACAGUGUUGAGAGAUACUUAGUGGAAAGUAGGCUUUGAAGAGUUUAAUUGGGGGAGAGGGGUUUGCCACCUGAAUUGAAUCCGAUGCAGAGCUUUUUAGCCACAGUCUUUAAAUAAUAGUACUAAUAAUUAAACUUUCAGUAUUUAAAAAGAAAGUGUUUUGUCCAUCUGAGAUUCUACACUCCAUGAAAAGCUCACUUGGACACUGGGGCCAAAAGCUGAUAAUUUUUUAAGUUUGACAAUAUUGAACUGUUCCCAAGGUAGUCAGUGAAGUAUGUCUCAACACUAGCAUGAUAUAAAAAGGGACACUGCAGCUGAAUGAAAAAGGAAUCAAAAUCCACUUUGUACAUAAGUUAAAGUCCUAAUUGGAUUUGUACCAUCCUCCCAUUUUGUUCUUGGAAGAUUAAAUGCUACAUGUGUAAGUCUGCCUAAAUAGGUAGCUUAAACUUAUGUCAAAAUGUCUGAAGCAGUUUGUCAAUAAAGUUUAGUCCUUUUUUAAUCAAA